UUCGAUUUCGUUUAUUGGCAUUGCACCAUUACGACCACGGGCAUUACGUAGUUGCAGCAGCUGAAACUAAAUAAACCCGUACAGGAUGGGUGAAGAAGACGAAUAUGCUUGUGUUAACAGAUCACAACUGAAAAUCAAGGACACGUCUGGAAUCAAAAAGAAAAAGAAGAAGAAGUCGAGUAAAGAAAAAGAAAAGCUGAUUGAAAACGAUGUUAAACAACAACAAACUACAAAUACUGUUGUAAACACCAAAACAAAGACUGAGAUGGCAUUUCAGAAGAUGCAGGAGAAAAUGCAAAGGCAAAGGAUUCAACAAAAGGCUGAGAUGACUCACAAGCAGAGAGUGGAGAAAUUCAACCAGCGUCUAGACAAUCUUACUGAACACUUUGAUAUACCUAAAGUAUCUUGGACUAAGUAAUAAGGUUGUUAUUCUAAAUAAUAUGUUAAAGUAUACGGAUAACUCUACUCUGUAACUACUCAUCCGUGGCAUAGACCACUACAAAGGGUUUUGUUGUGUUUUACUUUUAUCUAAACUCUGGCAGAACAAGGGCCAUGCAUUGAUUGCAAUCCCAUGUACUAAUUAGAAAAUACAAAACUAAAUGGUUUACAUUUUUUUCCACAUUCAUAACAAAGUAUGUACCGUAAAAUGGGGUGAAUAGGGAUUGUGUGGUGAAUAGAGACAGAAGAGGGGUGAAUCGAUACU